AUGGCUCCAGUCAAGGUCUACGGCGUGAACAUGUCGACUUGCACCAAGAGGGUGCUCACCACUCUCGAGGAGAAGGCUGUUACGGACUACGAGGUUGUCCCAGUGGAUCUCGGGAAAGGAGAGCACAAGUCGGAAGAGUUCAAGAAGAAGCAGCCCUUUGGAGUGAUUCCCUAUUUCGAUGACGGGGAGGUUCAGGUCUUCGAAUCGCGCGCCAUCGCUCGUUACAUCGCUGAGAAGAAUUCCGGCCAAGGCACCGACCUUCUCGGCUCCACGCUCAAGGAGCGUGCGCUGGUGAACCAGUGGUUGGAGGUGGAGGCGCAUAACUACAACCCGCCUCUCUCAGCACUGAUCUCGGAGAAAGUGUUCAAGCCCAUGUUCGGUGGGGGCGAGCCCGACCUGGCCAAGGCAGAAGAGCUCAAGGCGAAGCUCUCAAAGGUUCUCGAUGUGUACGAAGCCCAUCUGGCGAGCAACGAGUACCUGGCGGGGUCCAAUUUCUCACUGGCGGAUCUGUCACACCUGCCCUACACGGCUCUGCUGUGGGUGUCAGGGGAUUCGGAUCUCAUUACUUCGCGUCCAAAUGUGAAUGCGUGGUGGGAGAGGAUUUCCUCUCGCCCUGCCUGGAAGAAAGUUUCCGCGCUGCAGUGA